CUCUCUUCUCAAGUCAAACUGUUUCUUACAGAGGAAAGAGACAGUAAAAAUCUAUAUAGAAAAAUCCAAUUAACAAUUGGCUCUCAACACUCUCUUCUCUCCAUCUUUGUUCCCUCUCUCAUGUGAAUUUCUCCAUUUCCCAAACCCUAACCCUGCAUCUACUGUUGUUACUGUAGUUGUAGACACAUCAAUACUGUAUUUAUUUGUUACGUUUAUAUAUAGGUAGGGAUUUGUAGCAGGGUUCGAUUCAUUGUUCCUCGAUGGCGUCUGUAAAGAUGGUGAACAGAUUGGCGCUGGCGGCGUUCGCGCCGGAAGCGCCGUACUUGGCUGCGGGGACUAUGGCGGGGGCGGUGGAUCUGUCAUUCAGCUCGACGGCCAAUCUUGACAUUUUCCAGCUUGACUUCGCAUCGGAUGACCGCCAGCUCGUCUUGGCCGGUUCGGUGGCCAGCUCCGAGCGGUUCACCAGGCUUUCUUGGGGGAAGUCUCCCGCGAAUUCUGAGCAGUUCCCUCUUGGUAUUGUUGCUGGUGGCCUUGUUGAUGGAAGCAUUGGAAUGUGGAAUCCAAGGGUUCUGAUCUCCUCUAUUGCAAACCAAGAAGGUGGUGAGGUUACUGAAAAUGCAUUUCUUGGUCAUCUUUCAAAACAUAGUGGGCCUGUUCACAGUUUGGAAUUUAAUGCUUUUACGCCAAAUCUCCUUGCUUCUGGGGCUGACGAUGGUGAAAUCUGUAUCUGGGAUAUUUCAAAUUCAGCAGAACCUACCCAUUUUCCUCCUUUGAAGGGUAGUGGAUCAGCAACCCAAAAUGAAAUUUCAUAUAUAUCGUGGAAUAGAAAGGUUCAGCAGAUAUUGGCGUCCACAUCAUCAAAUGGGACAACUGUGGUUUGGGAUCUGAGGAAGCAAAAGCCUGUGAUAAGUUUCUCAGAUUCUAUUAGAAGGCGGUGCUCUGUUUUGCAGUGGAAUCCUGAUGUUGCCACUCAACUUGUUGUUGCCUCUGAUGAAGAUACUUCACCUGCACUGAGGAUGUGGGAUAUGCGAAAUACAAUGUCUCCAGUGAAAGAGCUUACGGGGCAUUCCAAGGGUGUUGUUGGGAUGUCUUGGUGUCCCAUUGACAGCUCCUAUUUGCUUACUUGUGCAAAAGAUAACCGCACAAUAUGCUGGGAUGUUGUAUCUGGAGAGAUUGCAUCUGAAUUGCCAGAGGGGAAUAAUUGGAAUUUUGAUGUACACUGGUACCCUAAAUGCCCAGGUGUUAUAUCAGCAUCUUCAUUUGAUGGAAACAUUGGGAUAUACAAUAUUGAGGGUUGUGGUCGAAGUGGAACUGGAGAUGGUUAUUUUGCACCAGCUUUUCUCAGAGCUCCAAAAUGGUACAAGCGAGAAGCAGGAGUAUCAUUUGGUUUUGGAGGAAAGCUUGUUUCAUUUCACUCUUCUAGCGUCCCAGUCUCAGAGGUUUACAUGCAGGAUGUAUUAACUGAACAUGGCUUGGUGAAUCAUUCUUCUGAUGUCGUUGCUGCAAUUCAGAAUGGGGAGAGAUCUUCACUCAGGCUUCUGUGUGAAAAGAAAUCUGAGGAAUCAGUAACUGGUGAUGAAAGGGAAACUUGGGGCUUUCUGAAGGUUAUGUUUGAAGAUGAUGGGACUGCAAGGACAAAACUGCUUUCCCAUCUUGGUUUCAAUUUGCCUGUGGAAGAAAAAGAUACCACACAGGAUGAAAUUUCUGAACAAGUAUCCGCCCUUGGUCUUGGAGAAAGUCUUACAGGUAACGGGCAUGCUGUGAAGACAGAUAGUAUAAUGCAACCAAUUGUUGAUGAUGAAGAUUUCUUCAACAACCUUCCAAGUCCCAAAGCUGAUACCCCUUUGUCAACUUCUGGGAAUAACUUUGUUACUAAUGAAGCUGUUCCUGGUUGGGAGGAAGCCCCUCCAGAAAUUAAUGGAGCAGAGGAGAGUGCUGACCCAUCAUUUGAAGAUAGCAUUCAACGAUCAUUGGUUGUUGGGGACUACAAGGGUGCUGUAGCACAAUGCAUAUCUGCUAAUAAAAUGGCUGAUGCAUUAGUUAUUGCCCAUGUUGGUGGUACUUCCCUGUGGGAGAGUACACGUGACCAGUACCUCAAGACGAGUCAUUCAUCUCUUCUAAAGGUUGUCUCUGCUAUGGUCAACAAUGAUCUCAUGAGCCUUGUAAACACCAGGCCCUUGAAGUCCUGGAAGGAAACACUGGCUCUACUUUGCACAUUCGCUCAGCAAGAUGAAUGGACUUUAUUGUGUGACACACUUGGCUCAAGACUCCUAGCCAUAGGUGAAACACUUCCAGCCACACUGUGCUAUAUAUGUGCUGGGAAUAUUGACAAAACAAUAGAGAUUUGGUCAAGGAGUUUGACGGCGAAGCUUGAUGGCAAAUCAUAUGUUGACCUUCUUCAGGAUUUAAUGGAAAAGACUGUAGUAUUUGCAUUGGCAACCAGGCAGACACACUUUAGUGCUUCUGUAUGCAAACUUGUUGAGAAGUAUGCUGAAAUUUUAGCAAGCCAGGGGCAAUUAACAACAGCGAUGGAGUACUUAAAGUUUCUGGGGACUGAGCAUUUGUCUGCUGAACUGAUGAUCUUACGAGAUCACAUUGCUCGCUCAACUCAACCAGAUGUAGACACAUUGAAGUCGACUGCUUCUGAAAGUUCACAGUUGCAGACAGGACCUGGAUAUAGUCCUGGACAAUCAAGUUUUGGCAUUGCUAAUGCAUCUCAACACUAUUAUCCAGAACCGUCAUCACAGUUCACAUCAAAUGUUCCCAACCAUCAAUAUUCUGAAAAUUAUCAAAAUCCUCUUGGUGCUUCAUACAUGGGUUAUACUCAUCCUACCCCCUACCAACCGGCUCCCCAGCCAAGUGUCCUACAACCAAAAAUGUUUGUUCCAACUCCAACUCCUAUAGUUCCUGAGGGUAAUGUAGCUCCACCACCUGUGGCUCCUCAACCCACCUCAGCUGUGAAAUUCAUUCCAACCAAUCCUCCUGCUUUGAGAAAUGUGGGAAAAUACCAGCAGCCUACCUUGGGCGCCCAUUUGUAUCCUGGGCCUGCUAACCCUAGCUUCUCGGCCAGUCCCAAUCUGCCUGGUUCCUAUGGUGCCGACCCAUCUCAGGUCAAUAAUAUGCCUCCGGUUAUUGCACCAUCCCAAAAUUCUAGAGGAUUUACUCCUGUUAAUAAUCUUGGAGUUCCGAGACCCACUAUGAGUCCUAUGCAACCUCCCAGCCCUGUUCAAACAGCACCUGUCCAACCAUCUUUUACUUCAGCUGCUCCCCCACCUACAGUGCAGACAGUUGAUACAUCUAAUGUGCCAGCUCAGCAAAAGCCCGUUGUAAUGACUUUGACAAGACUCUUCAACGAGACAUCACAGGCCUUAGGAGGAUCACGAGCAAAUCCAGCUAAGAAACGCGAGAUUGAGGAUAACUCAAAGAAGUUGGGCGCCUUGUUUGCUAAACUCAAUAGUGGAGACAUAUCUAAGAACGCCUCAGAUAAGCUCAUACAGCUUUGUCAGGCUUUGGACAAUGGUGACUUCAGUACUGCCCUUCAAAUUCAGGUUAAUCUCACGACAAGCGAAUGGGACGAGUGCAACUUUUGGCUCGCUACACUGAAGCGAAUGAUCAAGAGCAGGCAGAGCUUUAGAUGAUUGAUAAUUAGAUUCUCUUUUGAAUCUUUUUACCAAUCAUUGGUUUGUGGGAGUGGGCACAUAUCUUCAUCUGUGUGUACACAAGUAUUCCAUUGAAAUUGAUUGUGGAGUUUUCUCAUGCCAUCUUCCUCUUUUCACCCAAUCUGUAUUGACUGCCAGUGUUAAUUUUUUUUUAGAAGGGGAAUAGUAUAUACUAUAUAGUCUAGACAGACAAUUUGAUUGCUCUUUUCCUUUAUAGUACGUAGUGUUGAAAAUAUAGCAUUUUUUGUUCCCAAAAUACAUACUUUAUGUUGUAAUUCAUGAGUGAAGAAAUUGUGACAUAGGCCCCUUAAUUAUACUGUUGUUUUCUUAAUGAUUGUUGAAUUUAUUAAUACCAGUUAUGUGUACCUUUAUUAUUA